AAAAAAGGAGAAAGGCGGCAGCAUAUCACGUGAGACUGUAGUAACGUGACUUUCACGAACGGGAAGUUAUAGUCAGGAGAACUUCUCAUAAAUACGUCUGGUUAGUGCUGGUCAUCGGUCACCGGGCAGUCCGUCGGUACAGAGCCGGACAGAGUGAAGGACAGCGGGGUUGAGGAACACACUGUCUUUUCAGGCAACAAUGGGCUCCAUGUUUCGCAGCGAGGAGGUCUGCCUGGUGCAGCUCUUCCUUCAGUCGGGCUCGGCCUACAAUUGUGUCAGCGAGCUGGGAGAACUGGGUCUGGUUGAGUUCAGAGAUUUAAAUCCCAAUGUGAACGCCUUUCAGAGGAAGUUUGUCAGUGAAGUCAGGCGAUGUGAAGAACUUGAGAAAACCUUUACUUUCCUUGAGCAGGAGAUCAAUCGCUCCCUGUCCCCACCGUUGCGGGGUCCCAUCAGUCCACCAUGCCCAACACCUUUGGCACCUCAGCCCCGUGAACUUAUCACCAUAGAGGAGGAGAGCGAGAGGCUGGCAAGAGAGCUUAAAGAGGUGUCUAGGAAUCGAGACAGUCUUCGAGCUCAGCUGACUCAGCUCUGUCAGUAUCGAGGUGUCCUGACCAGAACGCACACGCUUACAGCCUCACAGGCACCACCAAAUGUGCUGGAAACCCAAGGCCUGUUUGAUCACCGCCAGGAUGUCCGUCUUAGUUUUGUUGCGGGUGUAGUCCAUCCUUGGAAAGUCCCUUCAUUUGAAAGGCUGCUGUGGCGCGCUUGUCGUGGAUACAUUAUCGUGGAUUUCAGAGAAAUGGAAGAUCGACUCGAGCACCCGGACACGGGGGAAAUGGUACAAUGGACAGUGUUCCUCAUUUCCUUCUGGGGAGAUCAGAUUGGACAGAAAGUUAAGAAGAUCUGUGAUUGUUUCCACACACAGACAUUUGCAUACCCAGAGAAUACUGCUGAGAGAGAGGAGAUUCUUCAGGGUCUACAAGGCAGAAUUGAAGACAUCAAAUCAGUUUUGUCACAGACGGAGGCCUUCCUGCAACAGCUGCUGAUGCGUGCUGUGGCUGCACUGCCCCAGUGGAAGGUUCGGGUUCAGAAGUGCAAGGCCGUCCAAAUGGUGCUGAAUCUCUGCAGCCCCUCUGUCACUGAAAAAUGCCUGAUCGCUGAGGCCUGGUGUCCUGUCACCAAGCUGCCUGAGCUGCAGAGCGCGUUGAGAGAGGGAGGGAGGAAGAGUGGAAGUGGAGUCGACUCUUUCUACAACCGCCUGCCAUCCUCCACCCCUCCACCUACCUUGUUUCCACUCAACUCUUUCACUGCUGGUUUUCAGAGCAUCGUUGAUGCGUAUGGAGUAGCCAGCUAUCGUGAAGUCAACCCAGCGGUGUACACGAUCAUUACAUUCCCCUUCCUGUUUGCUGUGAUGUUUGGGGAUGUGGGUCAUGGUUUACUGAUGUUUCUGGCCGCACUCUGGAUGGUUCUUGAGGAGAAGGACCCCAAACUCAGGAACAAUAACAAUGAGAUUUGGAGGAUGAUGUUUGGAGGACGGUAUCUGAUUCUGCUGAUGGGACUCUUCUCUGUUUACACGGGGGCCAUUUACAAUGAGUGCUUCAGCAGAGGACUCACUACCUUCAGCUCUUCGUGGCAUGUUGGUCCGAUGUUUGAAAAAAACAUAUGGAAUUCUUCAGUGCUGGCAGGAAGUGAGUUCUUGACCAUGGAUCCUGAUGUACCGGGUGUUUUCACCAGCCCUUAUCCGUUUGGCAUCGACCCGAUUUGGGGCAUGGCCAACAACAAACUAACUUUCCUUAACUCUUACAAGAUGAAGAUGUCGGUAAUCAUUGGUGUCAUCCACAUGACCUUUGGAGUCUGCUUGUCGUUUUUCAAUUACUUACACUUCGGUCAGAUAAGCAGUGUGUUCUUAGUGCUGAUCCCAGAGCUUUUCUUCAUGGUCUGUCUAUUUGGUUACCUUGUGUUCAUGGUUGUCUUCAAGUGGAUUGCCUACACUGCUGCCAAUUCCAAAUUCGCUCCCAGUAUACUAAUCCACUUCAUAGACAUGUUCCUCUUCACAGAAAAUCCUGACAACCCACCUCUCUAUAGGGGACAGAUUGUGGUACAGAAGGUCCUGGUGGUUCUGGCUCUGUGUUCAGUCCCAGUCCUUCUUCUUGGAAAGCCAACAUAUGAAUACCUCACAUUCAAGAGAAGACGGCGUCCAGUGCAUCAGGAGGAAGAGAGACGUGUUCUGGUGGCUAAUGAAGGCUCUAUCAAUACUCGUCAAGGGGAGGUGGAUGGAGGAGAUGCUGAAGAGGAGUUUGAUGCUGCAGACGUGUUCAUGCAUCAGGCCAUCCACACCAUAGAGUACUGUUUAGGCUGCAUUUCCAACACUGCCUCUUACCUCCGACUCUGGGCUCUGAGUUUGGCACAUGCACAGCUGUCCGAAGUUUUGUGGACAAUGGUGAUGCGUAUUGGCCUGAAGUGGCAGGGCUACACUGGAUCUGCGGUCCUAUUUGUGGUUUUCGCCUUUUUUGCUGUCUUGACCAUCUCCAUUCUGCUGGUUAUGGAGGGUCUCUCAGCUUUCCUCCAUGCGCUGCGUCUGCACUGGGUGGAGUUUCAGAACAAGUUCUACAGUGGAACAGGCUACAAGCUGAGCCCUUUCUCUUUCUCUUCUUUGAUCAAUGCAUCAGCAGCUGUAUGACCGGCCAAAUCAUAACACAGUAUUGCAUUAAAUUAUGCCUUGAUUACUUGGACUGCAUCGUGUAAGAAUGCCACUGUCUGAAUGGUGAAAUUCUCCUUCCUGUGGAUUCUGAAAUUGUUUAACCGACUUGCACAGUGAUCAUGACGUGUAGACUGUUAUUUUUUGCAUCAGUAGAAUAUGAAUGAGUCAGUCAUAAUUAAUUGCAAUUGCAUUAUAUAAAAUGGAAAGCAUAAUUUUGUAUCUCCUUGCUAUUUUAUUUCUGCUCUGUUAUGUAUUCCUUUCAAAAUACUCUGUCAGUAGCUUAAAGAAAUAGUGAUAAUUUACCUCGGACUGUAUAAAGUACAGUAUUGUAUAACAUUGAUGAAUGAAUCUGUUCUGCAGUUGAAGGGAACACACGAUUGUUGGAUUGGUGUAUUGUGUCUUAAUAAGCCGUUUCAUGAGCCAAAGGUACUUUUCCACUCAUUAUCAUGUCUUCCAAGCACAAAACUCAGCAGUAAUUUAUUGGUAGUUAAAAUGUUCAUGUGCCUUAUUGGGACCGAGUGCUUAUUUAUUCAUUAAGCCUUUUGGAUAAAUAAAAAUAAUCCAUUUAUCAUGCAGUUGCUGUCAACAACAUUACCCUGGACAUGUCUUUUUCCCCCCUGCAGGUUUGCACUGUAAAAUCUAACUUGAAAUUAAAAAUGUCUGUCUUGCUUAA